AUGGAACAGCAAAAUCACAUGUCCCUUCCGCCGCCGUCGCAUCACGAUCAAAAGCAUGGACUUCAACACUCUAUACCUCAACACGCAUCACCGCCGCUAGACCCGACGGUCGGAUUAUUCGCUCCGUUCGAUCGGACUUUUAAACUUCCACUAUAUCCUCCACCGUCUUACGCACAGUCCCACGACCUUGUCGGCUUAAGGUUUCCCGAUCCCCCCAAGACUGAACUCGCUCCCAUCAAAUCGAUAAGUCCGCCGAGCAGCGACGAGAAAGAACCUGACGGCAACAAUCAUCUCCCAUCACUAUCAACUCUAACAACUUCAUCCGCCCCCUUGUAUACUCCACCCCAACCUUCAGAGCCGGCAUACUCUCCUCCGCCGCCGCCUCUCACUCAUUGGCCGAGUUUAAAUCCCUUAACAGCAUAUUAUAACCCAAGCCACGCGCAGAAUGCCGACUCGCCUAUGCGGAUGGAUGUAGACGCAAGCAGCAGCAGUGGCGUAAGCGCCCCGUCGCCAGAUCGCUUCCAAGAAGGAAGAGCCAGUAGCGUUAGUUUAGACGAUCCAGACGUACGCAUGGCAGCCGAAGCCCUAGGUGAUCUAAGAGCAGAUUUCGUGUCUUCCCCGCCGAACAACCACAUCCCGGUACCUGGUUCGCCACGCUCUCAAACGAACGGUAUCCAUCCGGAGCCGCUCAUCUCGCUACUAACUACAUCGCAUCCCUUACUUGCCACAACUAUCGAGGGUGCCACUUCCGCUUACGUCAACUCUAAGAACUACUCACCGAGGUUCAAGUCGAGCGCCGAGUAUGUCGAGGGUUACGUGAUUCCUAUCGCCAAUACCGUGGGAUCGGUCGGUCGCGUAACCGGCGUAGAAGGUGGCGUUCGAUGGUUCCUAAGCGGUGGAAGAAGGCACAAGUCGCAAGGUUCCGAUCUCGAAGCUGCAGAUUUCGGUUCUAACAAACGCCGGAGAGUCGACGGGUCCGGUACCUUCAAGGAACCUACCCCGGAGCCCAUAUCUGGUACGCAAACACCGAGGGCAUCCUUCGACAACUCGCGCGAUCGUCGGCUCUCGGUCGCAAGCACCGUAGACACCUUACCGGCGUACGAUGAUCUUCGAUCUCCACCAUAUGCCGAGCAGUUUGCGCCGUCCGAAUCACGCCCGAACAGCGCAGCAUGGCAAUCUCGUCUUAUCAUGUCCACAUCCGGACUGAGCAUCGCUAUGAGCGAGGAAAGCUUGCGUAGCCUCAAGUACUGUCUAAGCUGGCUUCGCUGGGCUAACGUGCGCAUCGGAAACGUCAUCAAUUCUCUGAAGUCUACCAUGGAGAAGUUCGAAAGGGCCGAAAGACAAUCGGAUGGUGACCAUCCCAUGAACGGUACAUCCAAUGGCGAAGUCGCCGACAGGAACCAGUUCGCAGCGAAGAUUGCAGACCUCAGGAUGGACCUGCUCAAGACCCUUCAAGAUGUCAUCAACACGGUCAGCAGGUACGCCGGCGGUGCGCUACCGGAGAAUGCGCGAGAGCUUGUUCGACGACACCUAACGAGCCUGCCUCAAAGAUUCCGAGUUGCAAGCAUGGUCGGUGAUGGCCAGCAAGAUGUUCGUCGCCCCGAGGUUGAUGGAGAAGAGGGACGAGAAGCGCAAGAGAAAGAGACGCGAGAAAGUGCCCAGCGGGUACUAGUUCUCGCCAAGGAGGGACUCGACAUGAUGUCCCAAGUAUCGGGGGUUCUGGACGGAACCAUCGUCAGCGCCGAGGAAUGGUGCGAUAGGUUAGGUAGGAGGAAGCGAGAGCAGCGAGAGACUCUGCUCGGAGCUCCUCACAUACCGCAGACGCCUUUGGACGAGGUAAAGAUUGGGUAA